AUGUCUGGGUGGAAUAAGUGGCGUACAUUAACGGGAGUCCUCUGCGAUCCAAAAAUGCCGAUAAGAACCAAAGGCAAGGUCUAUAAAACAGCUGUGAGGCCUGUUUUACUGUAUGGUAGCGAAACGUGGGCUUCGACAAAAAUCCAUGAGCAAAAACUUCAUGCCACUGAAAUGCGCAUGUUACGUUGGGCGGGUGGAGUCACUCUCAAAGACAAAGUGCGUAACGAACACGUAAGGGGGAGUUUCAAAGUAACGCCUAUCACUGAUAAGAUUACAGAGUCCAGGCUAAGGUGGUACGGACAUGUUAUGCGUAGACCCGAUGACCACGUCGUGAAAAAGUGCCUUUCCAUGGCUACAAAAAGGAGAGGGAGAGGUAGACCGCAAACUACCUGGUUGACAAAUGUCCGGAAGGACAUGCUAAAGCUCGGCCUUACAGAAGAUGAUGCUUACCAGCGAAUUGAAUGGCGCCGAAGGAUUAAGAAAGCCGACCCCGCGUAA